AUGCCAGCACGCGAUGGCCUCAGGCGAUAUGCUACGCAAGUCAACCAUGAUCCAUCUAGAUUGCGGAACAUGGCUCUCGUAGCCCACAUUGAUUCCGGCAAAACAACGCUCACGGAGUCCAUCCUACUCCAGUCCCACUAUCUAUCUUCUGCAGGUUCCGUUGAUACCGGAAGUACCAUCACGGAUUUCCUACCUGCGGAACGUGAACGUGGAAUCACAAUACAGUCCGCGAGCAUCCCUGUCAGGUGGAAGGACUGGACGUUUAACCUGAUCGAUACACCUGGACACGCCGAUUUCGGAAUGGAGGUGGAGAGCGCUAGUCGCGUGGUCGACGGUGCGGUCGUGCUCAUCGACUCAGUGGAGGGCGUAGAAGCUCAGACGAAGGGUGUCUGGCGGCAAUUGGACAGGUACGACGUGAAGUCUAGGAUACUGUUCCUUAAUAAAUUGGAUCGAGCUGGCGCAUCGUUCCGGACAUCCAUGCUCUCCGUCCUGGCCAAUCGUCUCCAUCCGAGACCAAUGGCUCUAGCAUUACCCAUUGCCUCGUUUGACCCCCAGGACUAUACGCGGGCGGAACCCGGAGUGCAAGGCUUGGUCGACCUCGUCAAGUGGGAAGUUUGGAAAUACGGCGCGGACGGUGCACCUACCGUCCAUCCCUUGCCCCGGACUCAGGAGGAGCUUGAACGCUCCGAGCUCUUCCCUCGAUCGCACCCGCUGGUACCUCACCUUCUCCCCGCACGUGUUACCAUGCUCGACAACCUUGCGCAAGUAUCUGAGGAUCUCUUCGAGACGCUCCUCAGUCUACCAGAGGACCCGUCGUCGUAUCUGUCUGUCCAGGCUGCCGACAUCCUGCCUCACUUGCGUGCAGCAACCCUGCGCAACGACAUUCUGCCUGUCCUAUGCGGUUCUGCGUUCAAGCAUAUCGGCACAGAGCUCUUAAUGAACUACGUCGGCGAGUUGCUCCCUAGUCCUGUGGAUGUCGAGCCCAAUCCCAAGGCACUUGCCGCAAACGCUCCGCUGCGCAUGCUCGCCUGGAAGGUCGGCUGGGAUAAACGUAAGGGAUGGAUGACCUUUGUCCGCGUCUACGCUGGAACACUGAAGAGCCAGAGCUCGAUACUCAACGCCUCCCAGAACCAGCGAGAGAAGGUCUCGAAACUGAUGCUCCUCUACGCUGCAGAGGCUCAAGAAGUUGACUCGCUGCCCCCUGGGUCCGUCGGUGCCGUUUUGGGCCUCAAGUACACCCGUACCGGUGACACCCUCGUCGGUGUUGCGGGGGGUUCCAGUGCAACAUCUAUGCGCGACAUUAUCCCUCCCUCGGCAAUGAUGUCCGUCUCGGUCAUCCCCCACUCUCACGCCGAUCUCGAGCCCGUCGAGAGCGCUCUAAGUGCGCUCGCUCGUACAGACCCUUCCGUCCGGUUCGAGACGCAGGAAGGGCAGCUGCUCGUCCACGGACUUGGCGCUCUUCACCUCGAGAUCGUCGAGUCCCGCCUGCGUGACGAGUGGAAGGUCAACUUCGAGUUCGGCAAACGGCGCGUCAGCUUCCGGGAGUGUCUCGGCUCCGGCGACAUUUCCGGAGUCGGCGACAAGUGGUCGACGGACAUCGGCGGACAGUCCACUCAGGUCAAGGUAGGACUGUCUGUCCGGGCGCUUGAGGACGACGAAGAGGGCGAUCCGCUCUGGGACGGCAACAUUGUCUUAGACCCCAAGGGCAAGCCUACGCCCCCUGGGGAGCUACACAGCGAUGCGAACGACCCCCUGGCACAAGUCGCGAAGGGCCUCUCUAGCACUCUGUCGAGCUCUCCAAACACUACGCUGGCGCUCUCGCGACUUCGCAUACAGGUCCGUGAUAUCGAGUUCCCCAAGGAGGCGCAUCCUUCUGUGUUGGCAGGCGCUAGUGCCACAAUUCUGCGCAACAUAGUCCGUGCGGCUGGGCGGGGGGACCUCAUGGAGCCCUACAUACGGCUGAAGAUCUCCGUCGACGAAGGCUCUGUCGGGCGCGUCGUGGAGGAUCUCGGCGAGCACGGCGGAGAAGUAUUGGAGCUGGACGCGGCGGCGGCGGAGGAGGCAGAGCCUUUUGAGGAUGACGCAACGUACAUCCCGCCUCAGUGGAUAUCCCCAUCAACCGGCAAGGCCGCGAAGGACACCUCGGCCAAGCUGAAGAGGACUAUCUUGGCCAUCGCGCCGUUGAGUCAGAUGCUCGACUACUCUAGCCGUCUUCGUGCGUUGUCAGGCGGACAUGGCCUGUUCCAGAUGGCAAACGAAGGGUUCAGGAGGGUCUCCUCGCAGCGCGCGAUCGACAUUCUCAAAGAGAUGGGCCGCAUGUAG